GAGCAAAGUUGUUGUUUAGAUCAGUGGAUUUUCAUUGAAUUGUUCUCGACCCCUGUUUGUCGGACAUGUCAGUGAUGAAGCGGACUCACGUGGUGGGUGGAUGUACUUUUUUCUGACCAAACUUCAUCAACUGUGACACAACUUCCAACAUGUUCUGCAAGAAUGUCGAGGAAAACAUUGAGCUGUGGGACAGAGAGAAGGUUGACUUCAGCAGGGAGUCUUUACUUCCUUCACUGGCAACCCAGAGGACAUUUGACUACGUAUUAGUGGCCGACAAGGUGGACGAUGACAUGGACCAAAAGUCUCAGAGACAGAGAGCCUUUAUCCAGCAACUAGAAAAGAAAAACAUCACAGUCACUAGGAUCAUCCACGAUGACAAAGUGUUUUUUGGCCUGCGUGCUCCUUGUGAGAUGUUUGAGGACUAUCAGUACCUGCUGAAAGUCUCCGACUCCUGCAACUGGUGUGGAGAUGUGAGGGGAGCUGUCACACAGGCUAACAGGAUUCGAAUCGUUAAUUUUAUUCUUCAUCAGACCUUCAUCAACACAGGAGAGAACCUGAAGGAGCUGUUAAUGAAGGAUGUCUUUGAAACCAUGUUCUGCCUCCAUGAGAGAAAGAAGCAGAAGCACCUGACAAAGACGUGGGCUCGAUGGUCGGCUCUUUUUACAGGACAACCAGUCCGUGACAUCAAGUGUUACUUUGGAGAGAAGGUGGCUCUGUACUACCUGUGGCUGGGAUGGUACACUAAAUUGCUAGUUCCAGCUGCUGUUCUCGGUGUUGUAGUGUUCCUGUACGGACUUGCCUUUUUCAACACUAACCCUCUCAUUAAAGAAGUGUGUCAGUCCAACAUCACCAUGUGUCCUCGCUGUGAUAAAAAGUGUACAUUGUGGCAACUCUCAGACACCUGUUCCUAUGCUAAGGUCAGCCAUUUGUUUGACAAUGAGGGCACUGUGGCUUUUGCUAUGUUCAUGGCAAUCUGGGCCACGUUGUUCCUGGAGCUGUGGAAGAGACACAGAGCACAACAUGUUUCUCAGUGGAAGGUCUAUGACUGGUGUGAGGAGGAGGAGGAAUUGAUAAUGGAAAUAGUCAGUGAUCCAAACUGUAAACCCAAACAGUUUAGACACUCCUAUUUGCGCAGUACUGUGGUCCUCAUCCUAGUAACACUCAUGUUGAUGCUGAUCAUCGGCCUUGCUCAUGCUUUGGUGGUGUUUCGAGUGGUGGCUGCCCCCUUGAUAUCUGAAAGCGAGUGGAAGUUUGCGAGUGACCAUGCCAACCCUGUGGCUGUGAUGCUUGGUGCUGUGCUGCACUAUGUCACCAUUCAAAUCAUGACCCGGGUGAACAGAUGGGUUUCCCUCAAGCUGUGUCAGAUAGAGAAGCUGAACUCGCUUGCUGCUACAGAGAGGAGCUUCACAGUCAAGAUGUUCACCUUCCAGUUCUUCACUCUUUUCUCCUCUCUCUUCUAUGUGGCCUUUUUCCUGGGCAGAAUAAAUGGCCAUCCAGGAAACUACGUGCGCCUCGCUGGUUUUCGACUGGAAGAGUGCCAUCCAAGUGGCUGUUUGACAGACCUUUUCAUCCAAAUGGCUGUGAUCAUGCUGCUGAAACAGACUCUUAACAACAUCUUUGAGUUCACUGUGCCCUGGUUGAAGAGCUGCCUAAAGAGAAACACUGCAAAGAAGCUGCAGAGGAAGUGUGGUUAUUGUUACAGGAAGGCCUGUCGUGAUGCACAGGGACGUGUUGAGCCAUGUGAUAUCUGCAAACUUCGUGACUGGCUGCGUAACUACCACCUGGCUGACACUGAUUCCUUUAGCCUCUUCAAUGAAUACCUGGAGAUGGUGAUCCAGUUCAGUUUCACGACCAUAUUUGUGGCAGCAUUUCCUCUCGCACCCCUUCUGGCUCUCAUCAACAACAUUUUUGAAAUCCGUCUGGAUGCCAUCAAGAUGGUCCAACUGGAACGACGGCUGAUCCCUCGGAAAACCAAUGACAUUGGUGUGUGGACAAAAGUUCUGGAAGCCGUUGGGGUGUUGGCAGUUAUUGCUAACGGUCUUGUCAUUGGAAUCUCAUCAGACUUUAUUCCUCGCCUCGUCUACCGUUACCGUUACGGCCCAUGUGCUAGUGGAACCAAUCAUACACACUGCAUGCAGGGCUACAUCAAUGACACCCUGUCUACAGCCUUUAUGAAUCUGUCAGACUCAGGCAUUACACAGUGCAGCUACAGAGACUACAGGAGUAAGGACUACAGCCUGACUUCUCAGUUCUGGAUGGUUUUGGCUGUGCGCUUUGCCUUUGUCAUCCUCUUUGAGCAUGUUGUGGUGGUGUGUAAGUUUAUAGCAGCUUGGUUUGUCCCAAACAAUCCCAUGAGGGUGAAGAAUGAUCGUCUGCAUGACAAACUGGCUCGACUGAAGGAGGAGCUUCGGGAAAUGAAACGCAGCAAAUCAACUGAUGUCUGACUUCUCAAAGAUGACGUUAUAUCUCCUCAACUGGUUGAUGUGUGAAAUGGAACAAUAAAAUCUUGUUUAAAUAAUUCAUAUUUACUGCUGGAAUACCUACAGUCUGGCCUGUAACUUAACAACAAUAUUGCAUUGGUUUAUGCAGAAGGACAUUUAUUUUCUACUGCUGACAUGUCACCACACAGCCAUCAUACUACAUAUGACCAGUAUGGUAUUUAUUGUUUUUUAAAUGAGAGGUGGCCUAAUGGGAGCAUCUCUUUGCUACCACACCACCAACCAACACACAGACCCAUGUACAUUGGGGGUGGCAGGUUAACAAAGAGGAUACAUUUGCUAAUUUUGCAAACAAGGGGAAAGGCAUCCUCUCUCAUUCCCCCUCAAAUGCUUUCUGCAUAUAACACAACGGCUCAUGUUUUUUGUAUUACGCUGUAAGCAGAACUUAUUUUUGUAAUUUACUGUUGUUAAUAACAUGUGAAAUUGUGAAACAGGUCCACAGAGUUAUCUUAAUAAAGAAAGAAUCUGAAAGUU